AUGUGCGUAGCAUACCGGGCUUCACCCAUGCCACCAUCACGUUUUGCACGCCACGAGUCCAGUGGCACCGUCAUUGUGCGGCGCUUCCAGUUUCCUCACCAUGAAACCGAAGCGCAUAUUAGAAAAGGUCAUCUGAGAGAGCCGUUGGAAGCUGUAGCUAGUCGAGUGGGCUUGCGAGCACGAUGUUCCACGGGCCCAUCGUUCGCUGACUUGUGUCUUGUCGACAACCAAGAACUUUUGCUCAUGGGAAAGCUAGUAGACAGAGGAGUGUACUAUAUCACAGGGGGCACUUGUACUGAUGUAGAGGGCGAUGGAUCGCCGAGAAGCACGAAAUCCACUAUUUUGAACAGCGCGACGUGUGGGGUGGCACCGCAACCUCCCGACAUUACAGUGGGCUGGUGUUUCGAUGCUCGCAUGCUGCUGCAUCGCUCUGAGAUUAACCGUUCUCCUGAAACACCACACCGUCUGCAACGCGCGAUCGAGACUCUUCAGGCCUGUGAGCGUGCGUGCGACAUUCUGCCUGUCGAGCUAUUGGCUCCCUUUAGGGUGCACAUAGAUGGCAGCUUGGAACCAGACUUGGGCCGAGUAGCACCAUCCAUAAGCGCAGCGAACCGGGCGCAGUGGAUACCUGCACGACUUGCCACGUAUGACGAGGUUUGCUCAUUCCAAGAUCCGCGUGUUUAUCACGAUUUUUUGAAGAGUGGGGCGUCUCUGGUGAGCUUGAAAAGUGAUGUUUACUGCAGCGACGAGGCGAGCAGCGUAGCUGCUCGCCUUUCGGCAGCUGCCGUGAUAGACGCUAGCGUCGCCGCGCUUCGCGGUGUGGCGGCUAUCCGGUCUGGCGGCACCUCCAGCGCUACAGGGUGUGUGCUCCCCCUCGUGUCAUUCUGUCUUGUGCGGCCGCCAGGGCAUCACUGUGCGGCGUCACAGCCGAGCGGGUUCUGCUUGGUCAACAACGUCGCUAUUGCGGCUCAGCAGCUACGCACUCGGCACGCAUCCGUGUUGCCCUCUGGCCCUCCGCGCAUUGCAAUUCUCGAUCUGGACGUUCACUUUGGCGAGGGCACCGCUUCCUUCGUUGAGGGUGCGUGUGACCCCACCUCGCUACUGUAUCUGUCGCUCCACCGCUACGACAAAAAGAGCUUCUAUCCAUUUGACAGCCGCGGUGACACCUCCUACGUGGGAGGGAGCCGACACACCGCUUCCAAGGGCUCCAUAUGCAAUGUAGCCGUGCACACGAACGCGCAACACCCAACACAAUGUGAACAGGUCAUCUCGGACCACCUAAUGAACUCUGUUUUGGAAGAGAUUUUCUUGCGGCGGCUGGCUCAGUUUCGACCCGACCUGAUCAUGGUGUCACUGGGCUUCGAUGCUGCCUAUGGUGAUCCAUUGGGCAAGAUGGCCGUCGAGGGUGGGUUUGCCUCCGUCCUGUCGCGGCUGAAGGAGUGGUGCCUGCAUGAGGGACGGUCAGUGGGGUUGGUCGUUGCACUGGAGGGCGGCUACAACCCGGAGGCUGUUGCGCAAGGAGUGCUCUCUGUCGCUCUCGCCUUGAGCCUCCCUCGCACCGACCCUCUACUACAGCAACUUCUUGUGGAAAGACCACCAAAGGUCUGGGCAGACUUGCGGCAACGUCAGGAGCGGCGUCAUCGCGAAUGGCAGAAUCUUCGAAGGGAGCGGGCAGAGGAAGGCAUUGGAGGAUUACUCAUCGGUCAGAGCUCUGAGAUGAAGCCGCCUGCAUCUGAGGAGCCAGAGAAGCCGCAAGAAGACGCGUUGCUUUUGGAUCGCCACAGGCGCUGGUGCGCCGCACUGGUAGCCAAGGUUCAGCAAAUUCACCGGGAUGCCAUGGCACCGUAG